AACUGCAAUAACAACAGAGAAGAGCAGGAAGCAGCUGCAAAGAUUUGCGCAUGCUCCAUACACUGUACCAACUUAAAACUGUAGAAACGACGAAACAUUAGCAACAGUUAAAGAUGACCACCUCAUGGAGCGACCGUCUGCAGAACUUCGCUGCUCUUCCAGCCAACAUGGACGGUGUAGCCAUGAAGAAGUAUCGUCGUGAAGCUCACCACAGCUUUCCAAAGGAUCUGGCUCAAAACCAUCCUGCAAUGAGAGUGUUUGUUAAUCGAAGCCUGGCCAUGGAAAAGAUCAAGUGUUUUGGUUUUGAUAUGGAUUACACUCUUGCAGUGUAUAAAUCUCCUGAAUAUGAGUCCCUGGGCUUCGACUUGACAGUGGAGCGCCUGGUAUCCAUUGGAUAUCCACAGGAGCUGCUAAACUUUGUCUACGAUCCCUCCUUCCCCACCAGAGGUCUGGUGUUCGACACAAUGUAUGGGAACCUGCUCAAAGUUGAUGCCUAUGGAAACAUUCUGGUGUGUGUGCAUGGGUUCAACUUCUUGAAGGGACCUGACAUCAGAGAGAUGUACCCGAACAAAUUCAUCCAGCGUGGCGACACAGACCGCUUCUAUAUCCUCAACACUCUCUUUAACCUCCCCGAAACCUACCUCUUUGCCUGCCUGGUGGAUUUCUUCAAUAACUGCUCCAGAUACUCCAGCUGUGAGACUGGAUUCAAAGACGGGGACCUCUUCAUGUCCUACAAGAGCAUGUUCCAGGAUGUCCGAGAUGCUGUGGACUGGGUUCACUUCAAGGGCUCCUUAAAAGAAAAAACAGUUGAAAACCUGGAGAAGUACGUGGUGAAGGACCCGAAGCUUCCUCUGCUCCUGAGUCGGAUGAAUGAAGUAUCCAAAGUAUUUUUGGUCACCAACAGUGAUUAUAAGUACACAGAGAAAAUUAUGACCUACCUGUUUGACCUUCCUCAUGGUCCAAAGCCGGGCACGCCCCACCAGCCCUGGCAGUCCUACUUCGACCUGAUCCUGGUAGAUGCCCGUAAGCCCGUCUUCUUCGGAGAAGGAACGGUGCUACGACAAGUCGACACUAGCACAGGACGGCUGAAGAUCGGCACAUACACUGGACCUCUUCAGCACGGUAUCGUUUACUCUGGAGGUUCUUCAGACAUCGUCUGUGACCUGCUGGGUGCUAAAGGAAAGGACAUCGUCUAUAUUGGAGACCACAUUUUUGGUGACAUUCUCAAAUCUAAGAAGCGUCAGGGUUGGAGGACGUUCCUGGUGAUACCUGAGCUGGCCCAGGAGCUGCAUGUGUGGACUGACAAGAGCUCCUUAUUUGAAGAACUUCAGUCACUGGACUGUUUUCUGGCAGAGCUUUACAAGCACAUGGACAGCAGCAGCAACGAGAGGCCUGAUAUCAGCUCCCUGCAGAGACGCAUUAAGAAAGUGACUCAUGACAUGGACAUGUGUUAUGGCAUGAUGGGAAGUCUGUUUCGGAGCGGAUCCCGGCAGACUCUGUUUGCCUCCCAGGUGAUGCGCUACGCUGACCUGUACGCUGCCUCCUUCAUCAACCUGCUCUACUACCCCUUCAGCUACCUGUUCAGAGCUGCACACGUGCUGAUGCCUCAUGAAUCCACAGUGGAACAUACACACGUCAAUAUCAUGGACGUAGAGUCGCCGCUGGCCACAAGAAACCGCCACGAUGUCGACUUUAAGGAGAUCGAGUGCAAAAGACACCAGCUGACCCGAUCCAUCAGUGAGAUCCAGCCCCCGCAUUUCUUUCCUCAGGCACCGCAGGAGAUUACCCACUGCCACGAUGAGGAUGAUGACGAGGAAGAGGAGGAGUAGGGGAGGGCCGUGAAUCUUUCCCCAGAAGAGCCUGUUUAAAUGUUUAAGUUUGUCUUUACUUUGAUUUGUAGCUGCAGCGAGUGAGUGCUCAUAGAAAACGGUUCAGUCCGCGCUCUGCUUUUAACUGGGUUUAUACGUGCUGUGCUCUGUUACGCAAUAUUACAUCAACAGUUCUCACAUUUACGGGAUGGUGCACCGUGAGUUUGUCCCACACUUCAGUCAUGGUGGACCUCUGCUGUGACGGCUGUGGGAGAAUAUCAGAAGUUAAAACUGUCACACAUUGAUCAUUUCUGGGUUUGUUGUUGCUGAAUAUCACGGUCUUCCACUGAUGUUAGUCUGUGAGCAGUCUGAAAGGGCUCUCGCUGGUUCAGCUGUCAACAUGUUGCAACUAUGCUGUUACUGGAGCGGCUGCUGUUCAGUUCAAAGUGCCUCAGUGUUAUUACAGAUACCGUUCAGUGUACGCAGUGUUUUUCUUUUGUCAUGUUUUUAUGCGACUGCCUUGAUUUUAAAGAAACUACAAAUAUGUCCGACCAAUAAAGCUGCAGUGAGGGCCUCGUCUCAAAGGAUUCACAAAGUCUGACUCGGACCUUAAAGGUUGUAAUUUGGCUGUUUACUGGAUAUAGAUGUGCCAGAGGGAGCAAGAGUGGUACCGACAAACAGGGCUAGUAAAGUAUCAGGUAAGAAGUAAAAACGUAUAUCUGACUGCCAGAAGAGGGAGACAAACAGUGUGGAGUUCAGGGUCGCCAAUAGGGUUAGGCUGCUUGGACUGCUACUAAUGAGCGACUCUGCAGUGAUCGUGCUGUUACAGGUGAGAUGGUUAUUCGUCCUGUGCUCUUCUUUUCUCUCUCCUUCCUGUGGGUCACAGUUUGACUGAAGGUCCUGUGACGUCUGAGCUAAAAUCAAAGAAUGCUUUUUGAACCUUGGAUGUUUCUUCUCAUGUGCCCAGGAGGACUUUACAGUUUCAGUGUAAAACGGCGACUUUUCAUAGGAUGGACUCAUUUUAUAAUCCAUGAAGCUGAAAGCAUGUUUUUAUGUUUUAUUCAAAUUUCAUAUAUCAGCAACAGAGAGUGCAAAUGCUUUUUUUUUUUUAAAUUUUGAAUUAUGCUGGGGGGGGCGGGGUUAAGAAUGAUAACAUGCAUUGUUCUGCAGUUGACACACUUUUUCAUGACUGCAAUAAAAUAUAUUCCAUUGCUGCUGAGUUUUGAGUUUGCUGUUAAAUUUGCACAUAGAAUAGAACAGAAUAGAACAGAAUAGACCUUUAAUUGUCCCACAAGGGGAAAUUUGGUUGUAACAGCAGCAAGAAGGACACAUAUACAAACAAACAGCACACAGAACAGAAACAUACACAAUUAUUUUACAUAUUUACAUCAAGAACAAUAUUUACCAAAAACAGAGUACUGUACUGUUAUUAAAUUAAAUAAAUACAGAUAAGAGGCAAACCCUGGUUGUAGUGUGAAUCGGUUGAUAAAAUAGUGCAAGUUACAGCGCUGAUGUAAACAUCUAUGAUUGUUGGGAGCAGUUUUGAUUGCCUUGAGGCGACUUUUGUUGUGAUUUGGCGCUAUAUAAAUGAAACUGAAUUUAAUUGAAUUUACAGUCUGACAGCUGCAGGGAGGAAGGACCUGCAGAAACGCUCCUUCAUGCAUCGAGGAUGCAGCAGUCUGGCACUGAAGGAGCUCUGCAGUUCAGCAGCAUUUACAUGCAUGGGGUGGGAGACUCUGUCCAUCAGAGAUGUUAUUUUGGCCAGAGUCCUUCUGUCUCCCACUGGGUCCAGGGUGCAUCCCAGAACAGAGCUGGCCUUCCUAAUGAGUUUAUCCAACCUCUUCCUCUCAGCUGCUGAUAAACUGCUGCUCCAACAUACAACAAGUGUUCCUGUAGCUCCUGAUAAGCCUGGUUCAUGAUAACAGGUCAGCUCUUAGCUCUGUCCGCUCACACAAAUCACUGCUGUGCUGUGUUAUCAGACUUUAUCUCUUUUUAAUCUACUGUUUCUCCUCAGUAAAGUUUUCCUCGGUUAAUUUCAUUGUAACUGGGUCCAGUUGUCCCUUAAUGGGACGGGUCACUGCAAAUAUAGCUUCUACAUUUUUAUUCUGAUUGUGACAAACGUGUGAAUCUCAUGCUACGACCUUUUCGCUCAUUGAAUCUGAACACACCUUAACACUUAGGGAAGGUUUGGAGCCAGUGUGUUAGACGGGGCCUACCACGGUCAUCAAGACACUGAAUGAUGAGAUUUCUUCUGGACUACUGAUCUUCAUCCCACCUUUAUACAGUCCCCAUCAAAAGUUUAAGACCACUUACAAAAUGGCAAAAAAUGAUAUUUUUCAUGGUUGGAUCUCAACAAGGUUCCAAGUAGAGCUUCAACAUGCAACAAGAAGAAAUGGGAGUGAGACAAAACAUUUUUUCAAUUAUUAAAAACAACGCUUAAACUGAAACAGGCUGUUUUACAGCUGAUGAAGAGUUUAGGACCACACCUCCAAAAAAACAUAAACCCCCUAAAACAGUUCUGCAGCAGUAUCUAUACAUGGCUGUCUGUGUAGGAGGCCCCGGGGCAGACCCAGGACACGCUGGAGAGGUUAUAUCUCUCGCAUGGAUGGAUGGUUGUGUAGUCUGUGUAUGGAGGGAAGUGCUUGGAUUGGGGGGUGGAACUGUGUUGUUGAUAGUGAAUAAAAAUGACUGAAAAACAAAUCAAGCUGUUGCUAUGAAAACGUUAAAACUGUAUUUUUCACAGAACUGUACAUGAACUAUGACAGUGUGUGAAACUCAGACAACCUGGUGAUUGUCUGGAACCAGUAACUGUUGGUCUGCAGACUGGAAGACACUGAAGUCUCGAGCUGAUAACAGUAUUAACCUCCUAAGACCUGAACUCUUCCACGGCAGCAUUUUUAAUUUCUCUUUGCUAUUUGGGCUGUUUGGGACCCGGUUAAUGUAAAAACAAAGAAUUACCUGAUUAUUUUUUUUUACCUGAUUUUUAUUUCUGAGAGAAAUGAGAUCCACAUAUGAGGAUAUUCGCUUUAAAUUUCGAUAGAACAGAGGUAGUAUAAUGUCCUCGUAAGUGGACAUCACGCCCUUGUAGAGCUAAAUUUUGUAUUUUGGUCUAGACAUCCCAAAAUCACAUUUUGGGAUGUCCACAUAUGUGGACGCCAGGUCCUAGGAGGUUAAGGCAUAACUGGGGACAGUUCCCACAGGCCAUUACACAUCCUGUUGGCCUGAGCUCGUUCCAGACAUUUGACAGAACGUACUAGAGCAAGAGAAGGUCACAGUGAUAUUGAUGCCCCCGGGGUGUGUGACAUACUCAGAGCUGGGGUGAAUAAGACUUGUAGAAGGAAGAACUUUGAAUGCUUGAAUAAAAUGGUACGACGUAAGUGCCUCUCCUGUCAAGUCACAGUUGAUUUACUUUGAGCACAUGAUCUUUCAUGGAAACUCUUUUGUAACAGCAGCUGAAAUGAUCAGUCAUUAUUAUUAUUAUUAUUAUUGGUGUUUUAUAUUCUUCUGCUUAUUCAGAGUGGCGGGGAUGCUGGAGCCUGUCCCAGCUCCCUCAGAGCGAGAGGCCGGUUACAGCCUGGACCACAGCAUCACACCACAGCCAAGUUUCUGUAGUUUUACAGCAAUCUGCACACAGACUGUACUGAUGGCCAGGGCCCCGCUACGUGCCUAGCCUUGGAUUUCGCCUCCUCAUCAGCAGCGAAUUGUUAAGUCUUGUUGAACACGUGUGAACUCAGGAGCAUGGCUACAGGAACACCGUCAGGGCCAAGCAGCUGCUUGGCCUUCAGCUGCUGAUAAAUUUGUCCUUUUGCUCCGUGUCAUCAGUUAGGGAUGAUGAAGAGGCAGCGAAAGAGAAAAACAUCCCUCAAAUCUGAGGAUUGUUUUUAAUAAAGGCUUUGCCCAUAAUUUUAUUUUUGUUCCCUUGAGGUUGCCAGACUACAGCCUGGUAUGUGGAUAAAACACUACGUUUUAAACUUUACAUUAGUUUAAUAUUCUAUAAAAUGUAAAAUGUGGCCACAAAUAUCCCUCCCUGUUCAAGAACAGGCAGAAAAGUGCUAAAGCUGCAGGUUACUGCAGGUCAAUGACAAUGACUUGGCUUCACUUCAGCCUUUUAUUCUAUUUUUCUUUAUUAGUUGACAGAGUUUGUAUUAGCACUGCAUUCUGUGGUGUAAGCAGAAUCAUCUGCAGCUCAACCUGAUAAAGACAAAGGAAACUAGAAAAAGUUGCAUUUCCUGCGAAAAUGCAGUGUGAAUGCCUUGUAGUGGAAUCUGAAAACAGCAGAAGUAAAACCUUGUGCUGAAAGGAGGUGAAUAAACUGAAAAUUACAGUUGAAGAAGCAGAAUUUUUUGCUGAAAAGAGGUUACAAAGUUGAAUUGUGUGCUUAAAGGAAAUGUUGCAAUGAGCUAAAUUUGAACCCAGGCCUCAAGACGGAUACUCUUCUCACUGAGCUAAACUGGUUCUCAGGUAAUUGAAAAGAGGUGGAAAAGCUGAAAAUUCCACUGAAAACAGGAGAAGCUGAAAAUUUCUGCUGAAAAGAGGUUUCUGCUUAAAACAGCUAAAAAUGUGGGAUUUGUGCUGAAAAGGAGUGAAGAAGCAGAAAUUUUUGUUGAAAAGAGUUUUAAAAAAAGUGUAACUGUUAACUGAAAAAAAAUGUUGCUAUAAGUGGGAUUUGAACCCGGGCCUCGCGGUCUGAGAACGGCUGCUCAUCUCAGUGAGAUGGUGGGAUGAAGCUCACAGCUCAGCCCGGCAAGCAGAAAUAAGCAGUGUUGGGUAAGUUACUUUAAAUUAGUAACUUAGUUAC